GUUGCGCAUGCGCACAGCUCGCUUCGCAGUGGGCGGGAAGUGGUGUGCGCAUGCGUAUCACAAUUAUGGCGGACGGAGACCGCGCUGAGGGAGCUCCGGCCGAGAGUGAGGCGGAACCGCUGCGGUUCCAGCGGCUGUGGGGAGAGGGCUACUUCGAGGUGCCGGCGUCCGAGCGGCUGGGGAAAUGCCGGAGCGUGAAGGAGUUUGAGAAGCUGAAUCGGAUCGGAGAGGGCACUUAUGGCAUAGUGUACCGUGCCCGGGACACUGUGACAGAUGAGACUGUGGCACUGAAGAAGGUGCGGAUGGACAAUGAGAAGGAAGGAAUGCCCAUCAGCAGCCUGCGGGAGAUCACACUGCUCCUGGAGCUCCAGCAUCCCAACAUCGUGGAGCUGAAGGAGGUGGUUGUGGGGAACCAUCUGGAGAGUAUUUUCCUGGUGAUGGGUUACUGUGAGCAGGACCUUGCCAGCCUUCUCGAGAACAUGCAGACACCUUUUUCAGAGGCUCAGGUGAAAUGCAUCAUCUUGCAAGUCCUCAAGGGUCUGCAGUACCUUCAUGAGAGGUACAUCAUCCACAGGGAUCUGAAGGUGUCCAACCUGCUCAUGACUGACAAAGGCUGUGUGAAGAUAGCGGAUUUUGGUCUGGCACGUACAUAUGGGAUGCCACCACAACCCAUGACCCCCAAAGUCGUCACGCUGUGGUACCGAGCACCUGAGCUGCUGCUAGGAGUGACAACGCAGACCACCAGCAUUGACAUGUGGGCCGUGGGCUGCAUCCUUGCUGAGCUGUUGGCUCACAAGCCACUGCUGCCAGGCACCUCUGAAAUCCACCAAAUAGACCUCAUCGUGCAGCUCCUGGGGACACCGAAUGAAAACAUCUGGCCGGGUUUCUCCAAGUUGCCCCUGGUGAGUCAGUACACGCUGCGGAAACAGCCUUACAACAACCUCAAGCACAAGUUCCCCUGGCUCUCAGAGGCCGGGCUGCGUCUGCUCAACUUCCUCUUCAUGUAUGAUCCCAAGAAGCGGGCAACAGCAAAAGACAGCCUGGAUAGUUCAUACUUCAAGGAAAAGCCCCUGCCCUGCGAGCCAGAGCUCAUGCCCACCUUCCCCCACCAUCGCAACAAGCGGGCAGCCAGCACCAGCACAGGGACUGAGACCCAGGCAAAGCGUGCCAAGCCCUGAGCCCUGUCCAGAAGGAGGAGGUGCAGGGAACUCAAGCAGGGAUCGUCGUUGCCAGGGCUGGGCACUGGCUCCUGCCCCGCUGCUGGCCAGGCACACAGCUCUCCUCGGUGAUGCAAUGCUGAGUGCUGUCACCUCUUGGGAUGGCUUCUGACCACGUUGCCCCAGUCCCUCAACAGUUGCAUUUAGGAGUGCUGCCUUGUUUACCAAUGCCCAUGCUCAGCCCCGUGCGGAGCUUCUCAUGCUGGGAACAUUCACAGCCUUCCAGCCCAGCAGAACCCAAGCACUGUAUAGUGCUGGCUUCCUUCUGCCCUGGAGCUGAGGGGACAACAGCCUGCAGCUGUGAGCACAGCACGGCGUGGGUUUCAGCCUCCUCCCCUCGGGGAGGGAUGGAGGCAUGGACUGAAAGGGGGGGAGAUGGGGGCUUGGUACAGAAAUGCUGGAUGUCUGGCAGGACCAGCUCUGGCCUGUACUGGCUGUGUGGUGCAACCCUGACUGCUGUCAAUAAAAACAGCUGCAAAGGGCA